AUGUAUAUCCAAGAUCCGGAAUAUAAUAAAGAAUUCAAUGAACCUGAAGAAGUGCUUAAUCUCUCCACUAAUUGUUGGAUUAAAAGGAAAGGAAAAUUAUAUAAUAGAUUGUUAUACGAAGGAUAUAAAUAUGCCAGAGAUCAUACACAUUAUUUAGAAGAUAUUCUACCAAUCGAUUUAGAUGAAUACGGAGAAAUAAGUCUUUUCACUAUAGAAAGAAAUAGAAAAACGUCUUUAGAUAACUUGAUCGAGAUGAAUUACUCCAGCUUAUCUGUAUUAUUAGAAAUGUGUUGGGAUAGUAAUAAAGCGCGUGAAUAG